AUGUGCACGUACCUCUCUGCCUUACUCGCCUCACUAACCUCCAACGACCUCGAGCCGACGGUCGUGGACGAAGUGCGCACGGGAACUUACCGCCAGCUCUUCCACCCGGAGCAGCUGAUCUCUGGCAAGGAGGCGAACAACUUCGCCCGCGGACAUUACACGAUCGGGAAAGAGAUCGUGGAUUUGGUGCUUGACAGGAUCCGCAAGCUGGCCGACAACUGCCGCUGGGCUGUCGAUCCAGAUAUGGAACGAUGUCGAGUCAGAAAAGAACGGCGCCUUUCCGUGGACUACGGGAAGAAGAGCAAGAUCUCCUUCACGGUCUGGUGCUGCCCUCAGGUUGCCACGGCCGUUGUCGAGCCCUACAACACUGUGCUGUGCGUCCACUCUCUGUUGGAGCACACGGACGUGACGAUCAUGUACGACAACGAGGCGCUGUACGACAUUUGCCGCAGGAACCUGGACAUUGAGCGGCCGACCUACACCAACCUGAACCGUCUCAUCGCCCAGAUCAUCAGCUCCCUCACGGCCAGCCUUCGCUUCGAUGGAGCCUUGAACGUGGACAUCACGGAGUUCCAGACCAACCUGGUGCCGUACCCGCGCAUCCACUUCAUGCUCACGUCCUACGCUCCGGUCAUCUCCGCCGAGAAGGCCUACCAUGAGCAGCUGUCGGUGGCUGAGAUCACGAUGUCCGUGUUCGAGCCGGCUUCCAUGAUGGUGAAGUUCAUGCUGUUCUUCCAUGUUCUUCCAUUGUGGGCACUUGCACCCAAUCAGCAUCACCCGCAUCUGUGCUUCCUGCUUUACGUUGCCUCUGACCCCCGCUGCAGGUGCGAUCCUCGUCACGGCAAGUACAUGGCCUGCUGCAUGAUGUACCGCCUGGGCGGCGACGUUGUGCCCAAGGACGUGAAUGCGGCCGUCGCCACGAUCAAGACCAAGCGCACCAUCCAGUUCGUGGACUGGUGCCCCACGGGCUUCAAGUGCGGCAUCAACUACCAGCCGCCCACCGUGGUCCCAGGCGGCGACUUGGCGAAGGUCAUGCGUGCGUGCUGCAUGAUCUCCAACUCCACGGCCAUCGCUGAAGUCUUCUCGCGCAUCGACCACAAGUUUGACCUCAUGUACUCGAAGCGAGCCUUCGUGCACCACUACGUCGGCGAAGGAAUGGAGGAGGGUGAGUUCUCGGAGGCUCGCGAGGACCUGGCCGCCUUGGAGAAGGAGCGCUGGAAGCGCAAGCCACGCCUCACGGUCUAUGCUUCGCUGACCAAGACUACGAAGAGGUCGGCAUCGAGACGGCUGAAGGCCUCGUGUUUUCGAGGGUCGCGGGUUGCUGGUUCGGGCGCAGACGUUUUGGCGAAGAGUGCCUGGCGGGAACAGCUUGAAGAUGUGAGCUGCUUGGCCUCCUGGCUACCAGUUCUGGAUCUGUCCGUCCAUAGGAUUGGUGAUCAAGGCCGCUACAUCGCGCGGUGUGCCCCAGUCACCUUCCGUUGGUGCUCUUUGCGAUCAACUCUUUCGCGACUUCAAGCCCUUCGCUUCGCAGCCAUGCGUGAGGCCAUCUGCAUCCACAUCGGCCAGGGCGGCGUGCAGAUCGGAAACGCCUGUUGGGAGCUCUUCUGCCUCGAGCAUGGCAUUCAGCCGGAUGGCCAGAUGCCCAGCGACAAGACCAUCGGCGGCGGGGAUGACGCGUUUAACACCUUCUUUUCCGAGACUGGUGCGGGGAAGCACGUCCCCCGCUGCGUCAUGGUGGACCUCGAGCCGACGGUCGUGGACGAAGUGCGCACGGGAACUUACCGCCAGCUCUUCCACCCGGAGCAGCUGAUCUCUGGCAAGGAGGAUGCUGCGAACAACUUCGCCCGCGGACAUUACACGAUCGGGAAAGAGAUCGUGGAUUUGGUGCUUGACAGGAUCCGCAAGCUGGCCGACAACUGCCGCUGGGCUGUCGAUCCAGAUAUGGAACGAUGUCGAGUCAGAAAAGAACGGCGCCUUUCCGUGGACUAUGGGAAGAAGAGCAAGAUCUCCUUCACGGUCUGGUGCUGCCCUCAGGUUGCCACGGCCGUUGUCGAGCCCUACAACACUGUGCUGUGCGUCCACUCUCUGUUGGAGCACACGGACGUGACGAUCAUGUACGACAACGAGGCGCUGUACGACAUUUGCCGCAGGAACCUGGACAUUGAGCGGCCGACCUACACCAACCUGAACCGUCUCAUCGCCCAGAUCAUCAGCUCCCUCACGGCCAGCCUUCGCUUCGAUGGAGCCUUGAACGUGGACAUCACGGAGUUCCAGACCAACCUGGUGCCGUACCCGCGCAUCCACUUCAUGCUCACGUCCUACGCUCCGGUCAUCUCCGCCGAGAAGGCCUACCAUGAGCAGCUGUCGGUGGCUGAGAUCACGAUGUCCGUGUUCGAGCCGGCUUCCAUGAUGGUGAAGUUCAUGCUGUUCUUCCAUGUUCUUCCAUUGUGGGCACUUGCACCCAAUCAGCAUCACCCGCAUCUGUGCUUCCUGCUUUACGUUGCCUCUGACCCCCGCUGCAGGUGCGAUCCUCGUCACGGCAAGUACAUGGCCUGCUGCAUGAUGUACCGCCUGGGCGGCGACGUUGUGCCCAAGGACGUGAAUGCGGCCGUCGCCACGAUCAAGACCAAGCGCACCAUCCAGUUCGUGGACUGGUGCCCCACGGGCUUCAAGUGCGGCAUCAACUACCAGCCGCCCACCGUGGUCCCAGGCGGCGACUUGGCGAAGGUCAUGCGUGCGUGCUGCAUGAUCUCCAACUCCACGGCCAUCGCUGAAGUCUUCUCGCGCAUCGACCACAAGUUUGACCUCAUGUACUCGAAGCGAGCCUUCGUGCACCACUACGUCGGCGAAGGAAUGGAGGAGGGUGAGUUCUCGGAGGCUCGCGAGGACCUGGCCGCCUUGGAGAAGGAGCGCUGGAAGCGCAAGCCACGCCUCACGGUCGGCAUCGAGACGGCUGAAGGCCUCGUGUUUUCGAGGGCCAUCUGCAUCCACAUCGGCCAGGGCGGCGUGCAGAUCGGAAACGCCUGUUGGGAGCUCUUCUGCCUCGAGCAUGGCAUUCAGCCGGAUGGCCAGAUGCCCAGCGACAAGACCAUCGGCGGCGGGGAUGACGCGUUUAACACCUUCUUUUCCGAGACUGGUGCGGGGAAGCACGUCCCCCGCUGCGUCAUGGUGGACCUCGAGCCGACGGUCGUGGACGAAGUGCGCACCGGAACUUACCGCCAGCUCUUCCACCCGGAGCAGCUGAUCUCUGGCAAGGAGGAUGCUGCGAACAACUUCGCCCGCGGACAUUACACGAUCGGGAAAGAGAUCGUGGAUUUGGUGCUUGACAGGAUCCGCAAGCUGGCCGACAACUGCACCGGCUUGCAGGGCUUCUGCGUCUACAAUGCUUGUGGAGGUGGAACCGGUUCGGGCUUGGGCUGCCUCAUGCUCGAGCGCCUUUCCGUGGACUACGGGAAGAAGAGCAAGAUCUCCUUCACGGUCUGGUGCUGCCCUCAGGUUGCCACGGCCGUUGUCGAGCCUUACAACACUGUGCUGUGCGUCCACUCUCUGUUGGAGCACACGGACGUGACGAUCAUGUACGACAACGAGGCGCUGUACGACAUUUGCCGCAGGAACCUGGACAUUGAGCGGCCGACCUACACCAACCUGAACCGUCUCAUUGCCCAGAUCAUCAGCUCCCUCACGGCCAGCCUUCGCUUCGAUGGAGCCUUGAAUGUGGACAUCACGGAGUUCCAGACCAACCUGGUGCCGUACCCGCGCAUCCACUUCAUGCUCACGUCCUACGCUCCGGUCAUCUCCGCCGAGAAGGCCUACCAUGAGCAGCUGUCCGUGGCUGAGAUCACGAUGUCCGUCUUCGAGCCGGCUUCCAUGAUGGUGAAGUGCGAUCCUCGUCACGGCAAGUACAUGGCCUGCUGCAUGAUGUACCGCGGCGACGUUGUGCCCAAGGACGUGAAUGCGGCCGUGGCCACGAUCAAGACCAAGCGCACCAUCCAGUUCGUGGACUGGUGCCCCACGGGCUUCAAGUGCGGCAUCAACUACCAGCCGCCCACCGUGGUCCCAGGCGGCGACUUGGCGAAGGUCAUGCGUGCGUGCUGCAUGAUCUCCAACUCCACGGCCAUCGCUGAAGUCUUCUCGCGCAUCGACCACAAGUUUGACCUCAUGUACUCGAAGCGAGCCUUCGUGCACCACUACGUCGGCGAAGGAAUGGAGGAGGGUGAGUUCUCGGAGGCUCGCGAGGACCUGGCCGCCUUGGAGAAGGACUACGAAGAGGUCGGCAUCGAGACGGCUGAAGGCGAAGGCGAAGAGGAGGGCUAUGGAGACGAGUUCUGA